GCUGUGGGACAGAGGGGCCAGCAGCAUAAAGCCCCACAGCCAGCAAAGCCACCGGCAGCACCAGGAGCCAGGAUUGGGAACUCCCUGCCCGUGGUAGCAAGAAGAAGACACAUCCUGCACAGGACUGUGCACUGCAGGCAGACAUGGAGCUGGAUGUGGAACGGGCCAAGGAGCUCAUCGAGCAGAAGCUGGCAGAAGAGGAGAAGGAGGAGAAACUCAAAGGGGAUGGUGCACGGGAGCCACCGGCCGUGGAGCGGAUGAACACACCUGACCUGGAGGAGGAGAAACGCCGUGGCCCCAGGAACUGGGGUCUUGAGGCCAUCAAGGGCCAGGAGAAGGUGCGGAGGAGUUCAGUGGAUCUGAGGCGGGAGAUCAUCGACGUGGGGAGUAUCCAACGACUCAUCGAGCUCCGCAAGCAGCGCCGGCAGCGCCGGGCAGAGCGGGCGGCUACCCCCGAGCCCACCCCACCACCUGAGCCCCUGGAGAUUGAGGGUCCUGUGGAGCCAGAGACCUUCCUGCGAGCCGCUGUCCAGGGCAAGAUGUACAUCAUCGAGAAGUUUCUGGCAGACGGUGGCUCCCCCGACACAUGUGAUGAGUUCCACCGCACAGCCCUGCACCGCUCCUCACUGGAGGGACAUGUGGAAAUCCUGCAGAAGCUGCUGGACAGUGGGGCCACUGUUGACUUCAGGGACCGGCUGGACUGCACUGCCGUGCACUGGGCCUGCCGGGGGGGGCACCUGGAUGCUGUCAAACUGCUGCAGGACCGUGGGGCAGACCUCAAUGUGAAGGACAAGCUUCUCAGCACACCCCUUCAUGUGGCCACCCGAACCGGACACCUUGACAUUGUGGAGCAUCUCAUCCACUGUGGGGUGGAUAUCAACGCCCCAGACAGGGAAGGUGACACAGCUCUGCAUGAUGCCACACGGCUCAGUCGCUACAAGAUCAUCAAAACGCUGAUCCUGCACGGGGCUGACAUGAUGGCCAAGAAUGAGGCUGGCAAGACCCCGACAGACCUGGUGCAGCAGUGGCAGGUGGACACACGCCAGGCACUGGAGACCAAGGAGCAGCCACAGGGGGAGAUGGAGGUCCCUGCAUGAUGGCACCAGGCAGGGACCAGGGGCUGGCCUCAGCUCCAAGAAGCUGCAGCCAGACAAGACUUGUCUAUGUCAAUAAAAGUCAGCAAUUUGGCUCCA